AUGGGUGAUUGGCUGGGUGACGUUCCUGAGGGAGGAUGGAAGGCGUCCCACAGUUGGAGGAUGCCCGAAUGGGUUGAGCCGAUCAUCAUCGUCUCUAUCCUCUUCCCCGCCAUGUACAUGACGCGCCGCAGGAACUACUCCGUCCUUGGUCGCAGCAAAGGGUACAGGCUGCUCGGCGACAUCGAGCACUCCCCCCCGCCCUUGAGCUCCGACGGCUUUGAGCUGCUCCCGCGCCCCGACGCCCACCCCCCGAAGCGCCGGCACCUGUGCGGCCUGGUGCCCAUUCUGAUGCCAAACUCGUCUCGCUUCGCCCAGAACGUGCACUCGCGCAUCCUGCAAAAGUUCCCCUUCCUGGUCGAGAUGUUCUACUGGUCUCUGGCCCUGGGUCUGUACCGAGCCACCGGUGCCAUCUGCCAGCUCAUGUACGGCGGCCAGCGCACCAUGUGGGACUCCGCCACGCAAUUUGGCCUGAGCCUGCUCGACGUCGAGGCCUACCUCUGGGGCGGCGACUACGAGGGCCCUGAGCGCUGGCUCGAGUGGCGCAUCCAGCGCUGGCUGCUGCGCGGGUCCGAGGCCGGCGACUGGCGCGUCUGGCUGCUCACCGUGCUCAACCGCGGCUACGCCCUCAUCCACAUCCCCGGCGCCGUCGGCUUCAUCUCGUACUACUACGCCACCGCCCCCACCCACCGCCGCUUCUGCGCCGUCCGCCGCACCCUGACCCUCACCAACAUCCUCGCCUUUGUCUGUUUCACCUUCAUCCCCACCUGCCCACCGCGCCUGCUCGACGAACGGUACGGCUUCGUCGACACCGUCAACCUUGAGUCGGCCGCCUCGGUCUGGAUGAGUGGCAAGUUUGUCAACAAGCUCGCCGCCUUCCCCAGCAUGCACUUUGGCUACGCCUUUGGCAUCGGCUGCGUCUUCGUCUCCGACUCGGGCGUCCUGCACUCCAUCACCUCGCGCGCCUUCCGCCACGUCCUGGCCAGCCGGAACGAGGUCGGGAGCGGCUUCGAGUACGAGGAGGAGGAACGUCUGCUCUCCCGCCGCAGCCCCCUUUCUCGCUACCUCAUGUUUGGCUUCGGCAUCUUCUACCCCCUGUGGAUCCUGCUCACAAUCGUCGGCACCGCCAACCACUACUUUAUCGACGCCCUCGCCGCCGUCUUUACCGUUCUCGUCGCCUACGUCUGCAACCGCUUCCUGCUCGUCUUCAUGCCCCUCGAGGAUCUCCUCCUCUGGGCCUGGCGUCUCGAGAAGCCCGUUCCUACCACCGGGCGUAUGAAGAAUCUCACAGUCGAGUAG